GGACACCUUUGGGUAAUAACGAAUACACAUUUCAACGAGUUAUAUGUUUAUGUUAUCAUAAUGAUGAAUUAGUAUUGGAAAUUAACGUCAGACUCGUAUUAAGUUUGAUGCACUUCUAAGGUAUUCUGCAAUGAAAAUAACGAACUUCAACCCAGACAAGACUCUCAAACUCUGAUAGCACAUAUAAUUAACAGAGUCAGACCUACAAUUACAGAUAGAGUCUCGAAAAUGAUAGAUAGAUCUGAAUGACUUAACGAUUCUAUAUCAGUUUCACAUAUUCUUAUUCAAUGAUGUUGGAUAUGUCUCGCACAUGAGUUGAUUUUAUGGAUUGUGCAUUUAUUAUCAAAGAUGACACCGAGGCGCAUACAGAUAUUGCUCGUAUCAUAGAUCAGGAACUUUCCCGUGGCCAUUUGAGAUUGGAAAUGAGAUACAAAACCAUUGAUCAACUGAUUUUACUGCUACUACAUUUAGUAAGCUGUCAAACAGGUGAUGUUACGGUAGUAGAUAUCCAGAAUUGGACGGGUACUUUUAGCGUCUACUUCGUACUUUCACCAAACAUUAGUUAUGACGGAUGGAAGGUGUACUUUAGAUUCUCAACUUCAAUCAAUUUUUUCACGGCAUUUGAUUCAGCUCGAGAGUGCUCAAGUGCUGAUAAAACUGUACUCAUUCUCAAAAACGUAAGUUACAACAAAGAUGGAGGUUCGUGUAAGAAAGAAGAUACGGUGACGUCGUCAUCUUGUGGAUUCCAGGCCACAUAUUCAGCGCCUGAAGAACCAAGCAUAGAAGUUGGAUUGGUCGAUACCUUGGACGCGUUAACCUGUUCAUACACUAGUACUUCAACACACAAUCUUGUUUCAACAGUUCAACCCACCACUGAUCAUACAACCAACACUCAAUCAACCACUAGUUCGCCAACCACCACCCAAUCAACCACUAGUUCGCCAACCACAACUCAAUCAACCAUAGUUACGUCUUUACUGACCACAACACAAAUCACUACAAAUGACCAAUCAAUCAUCACGCAAACAACCAAUAAAGAACAAAGCACUUCACAAACCACGUAUAAUAUACCAACCAACACAAAUGACUCUACAACUACCACACAAACAACAAAUGACACACCAACCACUUCACACAUCACCAAUCACCAGCUAGAUACAACACAAGCCAUUGAUGGGCUAGUUACCACCUUGAAAACUGCUGCAAUUCAAAAUGUGACAAUCACGUCCAAUAUUUCCACACCAUCUUUAACAAUAUCAGCAAACACUACUUGGAUGCUUUUGACUAUGUACAGAAAAGAUAAGAACCCCGAGGUGAUGUACUUCGCAACAGAUCCCAUGUCUUUAAUUAUUGGAACGUCUGGUAUCCUCAUUCUCAUGGGUAUUAUUGGAUUCGUUGUGUUCCUGGAUCUUGCAACAUCAUGGAGAUACAAGGACUUUCGCAGGAGAAAUAAAAUCAAACCAAAAAGAAAAAAGAAAUCGAAAAAGAAAAAGAAAGAACGAAAUAUUACACCGAUUAUGGAGGAUAAUCUAGCAUUAGAUAAUAUCUGAAUCUCAUAUCUUUAUUUUUCCUCCUCCAAAUGUAUAUAGAGGCUAUUUGAAUAUUUUCCUGUGUAUUCAUGAAAAUAAAAAUAAUAUUUCAGUGCGUCAAUUCAAGGUAUAUGGUCUACUGAGCAGACAUUAUUUUACAGUGCAUUAUGGUUUCAUAAUGAACUGGAUAAUUUUAUUUUUAAGGAGUGAUAGUAUAUUUGAAUUGUAAAAAGAACAUCGUAUCUUUCUUUAUUGGAUUUAUUCAUACAUGAACAUUGUACUCGGGCUCUACUCCCGUGCAUUAUGGACAUUACUUUUUUAACAUUAACAAGGUCAUCCCUAAUAUGCCUAGACGGAUUCAACCAACAUAUUUUGAUAAUCAUGACAUUAAGUAACUAUUGCAAGUUUUUAACAUGGAAGUCCAUCGCAAUAUGGCCCAACCAGACCAAAUAAAAACAAGUAGUGACAUCUAUUAA